GCUACCGGCAGGGCAGGGCCGGGCAGGGAGGAGGAGGAGAGUGGCGGGCAUGGCGGCUCCGGCAGCGCUUCAGAGGAUCGUGGUGUCCCCCGCGGGCACGCACACCGCUUCCCUCAUCUUCCUGCACGGCUCAGGUGGUACUGGCCAAGGAGCAAGAACAUGGAUAAAAGAACUUUUGAAUCAAGACAUGGCUUUCCAACAUAUAAAAGUAAUUUACCCAACAGCUCCUGCCAGGCCAUAUACACCUUUGAAAGGAGCCUUUUCCACUGUGUGGUUUGACAGAUUUAAGAUCUGUAUUGACUGUCCAGAACACAUGGAAAGUAUUGAUUCAAUGUGCCGGCGACUUACGGACUUGAUCAAUGAUGAGAUUAAAAAUGGCAUUGCAAAAAAUAGGAUACUAAUAGGAGGCUUUUCGAUGGGAGGUGGAAUGGCAAUGCAUUUAGCAUAUAGGUUUCAUCAGGAUCUGGCAGGAGUCUUUGCUUUGUCUAGUUUUCUCAAUAAAGACUCUGCUGUUUACCAGGCUUUGAAAAGAAAUGAAGGUGUUCUUCCAGAAUUAUUUCAAUGUCAUGGAAUCUCUGAUGAACUUGUUCUCUACUCAUGGGGUGAAGAGACCAACAGGAUCUUAAAGUCACUGGGUGUAUCAACAUCACUUCAUACUUUUCCAGACCUUCAACAUGAGUUAAGCAGAACUGAAAUAGAAAAACUAAAAACCUGGAUUGUAAAGAAGUUGCCUGUUGAAGCAACAAAGACAAAUGAAUAAAAAAAGAUGCAGUUUUCUUAUACUUCCUGAUUGUUGUGCUUUUAAGAUCAUAUGGGGCACUUGUAUGGGUAUCCCAUAUACAUUACAUAAGCACAGCUUCAGGUAGACACUUACAUACCAUGAAGUGGUGAAAUGGUGGCAUGAUUACCAUUCAUUUUAUCAAUGGGUUUCUUUCUCUUCUCCAGUUCUUAAAUACACACCCACAUCAGUCUAUGAAAUUAAUGACUAUGGAAAGCACAUGAGAAUAAAA